AUGUCAUCUGAAUUGCUAGCUAGUCUACGACGACUAUUAAGGUACUGGAAAAAGAUGUCAACAUUAAAUGUGAGCAGUGGUUGUGCCAAAGUCUUAGCGAAAUUAGCUGUAAGCAUGCGUACGGAUUUCGCUGUGAUGGUUCCAAAGGUCAUGCCGAUAGCAUUCGAUAAACUGAAAGAGAAAAAGGCUGUGUUACGAAAUGAGCUAGUUGAAUUAUGCGAUUCAUCUGCUACUACGACUUCCCUUGAGAAUUACACGGAAGCGGUUUGUGGUGGACUUACCAAGCCAAAUCCUCAGUCGCGAGCACAAACUGCGCUUUUCGUCGCUCGACUUCUUUCUCGGCACGAUUCUGUCACAGUUCCUAUCUUGUCAAGUGUUCUUUCUGAUGCUGAUGCUGAAGUGCGUGAAGCAUCAUUUCGGGCAAUGGGCGCUAUUUUGCGAUGCAUUGGCGAGCAAGGGGCUCGACGGUUGUUUGGCGAAGUUGCGGAAGACAAACUAAAAAUGGCUAAGAUUACUGAGAAUUUCGAGAAAAUUCGAGAAGAAUUUGGUGACAAGGCUGCUCCGGAAAUUAUUCGAUUGCAUAGCGCUGAACUGAAGCCUAAGCCUUUGCAAACAUCGUCUGCACCAGCAAUGGCGUCCUCUACCUCGCUGGAGACACGAAAAGCAGCGCCUGCACCUCGUGCUCCUGUCCGUGCUCCUGGAUCUGCUCCUCGACCGUCGACAGCCGUUUCAAGACCGACCAAUCGAACGGCAACUCAAUCAGCAAUUGCCCCAACCAAUCGAAUGCCAGCGCGGCCGACAACUGCUCCAAAAAGGCCUAACGUGGUCUCAGCAACGACAGCUCGUUUAAACACUCCUGUGCGUGCCCCGCUGAGCACUCGACCUACUCAGUCUGCAACUCCACGGCCAUUUUCAGAUGCCACAAAGCCGAGUGUAGCUCGCCCAGGUCUCUCUGCUCGACCCCCUGUGAAAACAGUCUUUGCACCUAAUGUUGUCCGCACGUCGACGAGUUCAACCAAGCCAGCUCCGAGUGCACCCGUGAAAAUAAUUAGCAAUCCCUCGAGUGGUGCUGUACCUGCCGUGCCGGUAAUUGGAUCAUUGGAAGGCCCUCCGAAAAUAACAGCUGGUCUGCCUCGAUCGAAUUCUGGUAUGUUCGUCCAAAUCGCUUCGAAAUUUCAACACAAUGGAAAAUGUCAA